AUGCACUCCAACCUCCGGACCAUUUCCUAUCCGGAGUUCAUGGGAAUUGCGAACAGGGGUAGCUGGUGUCAGAGCAAUGGGGAAAGCUUAAACAAAAAGCAGGGGAAGGUCGGGGAGGCUGCUGCGAUAUUGACUGUGACUUCUCCUCCAGGUGCCCAGAUUAUUGAUCUGAUGAUGCUGGUUAUCGAUGUGACAAAAGGGAUGCAGACACAGUCAGCAGAGUGCUUGGUCAUUGGGCAGAUUGCCUGCCAGAAGAUGGUGGUAGUUCUGAACAAAAUAGAUCUCCUUCCAGAGGGGAAGAGACAGAGUGCCAUUGAGAAGAUGACGAAGAAAAUGCAGAAGACCUUGGAAAAUACUAAGUUCUGUGGGUGCCCUAUUGUUGCUGUUGCAGCAAAGCCUGGUGGACCAGAAGCCCCAGAGUCUGAGAAUCCUCUAGGUGUUUCCGAAUUAAUCGAGGUCCUGAAGUCUCAGGCUUACCUGCCAUCAAGAGACCCCUCAGGACACUUCCUCAUGGCAGUUGACCACUGCUUCUCUAUCAAGGGUCAAGGCACGGUGAUGACAGGGACUAUUCUUUCUGGCUCUGUUAGCCUUGGUGACAAUGUGGAGAUUCCUGCCCUGAAGGUGACAAAGAAAGUCAAGUCCAUGCAGAUGUUCCAUACUCCUGUGAAUUAUGCUAUGCAGGGUGACAGAGUAGGCAUCUGUGUAACCCAGUUUGAUCCCAAACUGCUAGAACGAGGCCUGAUCUGCACCCCAGAGUCACUUCACACCAUCCAUGCUGCAAUCAUUUCUCUGAAGAAAAUCCAGUAUUUUCGAGGCGCUCUGCAGACCAAGGCCAAGUUCCAUAUCACGGUUGGCCAUGAAACAGUUAUGGGACGAGUGAUGUUUUUCAGUCCAGCCCCUGCUGACUUCAAUGAAGAAAUUCAAGAAAAUGCUUUUGAUUUUGAAAAAGAUUAUCUUUACCAAGAGGCAUAUUUGUCCAAGGACUCAAAUACGUCAGAGAACAAAGAGAAUGACCAGGCAGGAGGAGUCCAGCUCCCAAGACAUCAGUGGGCUUUGCUAGAGUUUGAAAAACCAGUCACUUGUCCUAAACUGUGCCUUGUGAUUGGCUCCAAGCUGGAUACAGAUAUCCACGCAAAUACCUGCAGGCUGGCGUUCCAUGGAGUGCUGCUCCAAGGUAUGGAAGACAAGAACUACAUAGAGACUUUCCUGCCAAAGCUGAAAGUGUACAAGCUGAAGCACAAAGAAGGACAAGUGGAAAGGGUGAUGGAUGAUUACAGUGUGAUUGGCCGUUCCUUGUUUAAAAAGGAAACAAACAUCCAGAUCUUCGUGGGUCUGAAAGUGAAGCUGUCCACUGGAGAGGAUGGGAUAAUAGACGGUGGCUUUGGACAAAGUGGCAAGUUUAAAAUUCGAAUCCCAGAUGGACUGAAGCCAGAAACCAAGAUGAUGCUUACUGCUGCCUCCAAGAAGAAAUCUAAGGCAGGGAAGGGGGAUACAACCAAAGAGGACGAAAGCAGCAAGAACGACUUGGUCCAACCCGUUACCAUCUCUCUUCUGUUUAAAAGAUAUGUCUUUGACACGCAGAAGAAAAUGAUUCAGUCCUGA